GCGGUGUAGAAGUUACGCACAUAGCACUGCUCAGUCGGGGCAGUACACGUGUCUAAUGUACCACAGUCAGCAAAUAAUGCUUGCCGUUAUCGCACUCCUACGACUUAUGAUUUGCUGCUAUGGAGCAGCAACAGAACUUCAUGUCUAUCCGCGUAUAUUGCAAGAGCGUACAACAGCUGGAAAUUUGGUUCUUAAGCUUAACGAGAAAAUCACGCUCAAUCUUGAAAGGAGCACCGUACUGGCGGACAAUCUCGUCUUUGUUACAAAUAGUAACGGUAUGAACGAGGUAGAAAUGAUACAGACAUCUCAUAUUCAAGAAACUAUAUACCAUGACACACAUUACCAAUCCUCUGUGACUGUACGACAGAAAGAUGGCAACGUGGAAGUGGAAGGUAUCAUCAAUGACAAUCUGAGAAUUAAGCCUCUCCCUGAAGGCGAACGUUCCUUGCAAGGUCAGAUGCUGCACAAGAUGUACGAAGUAGAUGUGAAAGAAAAUUUCGUCAGUGCGGAGCCGCAACUUCUACGCCUGAAGGAGGGUAAAAACCGCAGGAAAAGCAAUGGCAGCCGUAAGGGCCAGAAAUCUCCCCCGAAGACGGAAGCACCUGGAUCGGGCGUUGAGAACUUUGCCGUGGAGCUUCACAUAAUUUCCGACAAAGCGCACCAGCUGAGCUAUAAGACAAAUGAAGAGUUAAUCGCUUACUUGGCAGUCAUGGCAAAUGCGGUGAACUUAAGGUACCUGGAGAUGGACCACCCUAAAAUAAAGUUCGUUCUCGUUGGAAUAACAAGGGCUAGGGAUCACGAGUUCGCUAAAAUUAACAACGGUCAAAUUGAGACGGGAGAGAUGUUGGCGGGCCUAAAGACUUACAAAGAUGAAGGAAAAGUACCAGGGAAGCAAGACGUUAUUUACCUGAUUACUGGGCUUGACAUGAUAAAGUUCGAUAAAGGAAAAUUGGACACUGGUAUUAAUGGACGUGCAUAUAUUGGAGCCACCUGCCGCGAAUUGGGAAUCGGCGAGGGUGAAGACACGGCCCUUACGUACAACGGAGUCCAUACGCUAGCCCACGAACUAGCCCAUUCGCUAGGCUCACCGCAUGACCAAACCCCGGAGUGCCCUUGGUCUGAAGGAUAUAUGAUGAGUUACGUGGAUGGAGGAUUAAAGAAGUACAAGCUUUCCCGGUGCAGCCAAGCGAAGAUUAGAGAAUAUGUGCAGAAACUUCCACAAGAUUGCAUUAAAGUCCAGAAUGAGAAGAACUACUCCACCAACCACAAGAAGUUUCCCGGACAGACAGUGCGAAAGCUGUAUUUCUGCAGGAAGAUGAUAAAGCAAAAAGCAAAAGGAAAUAAAAUCUUCGAAAAAUCGGAUGGAACUUGUAAACUUCAGUGCUGCUAUAACCAUGGACGUUAUACGACUUGCUGGAAUUUCUCCAUGCUGGAUGGUAUGGAGUGCGCGCCUGGUAAGACAUGCAAGCGAGGAAUUUGUGGAGAGCACACAGGGUUGAGUUAAAAAAAAGUGGGAUUCCUGAUUCAGAAGUGAAAAUCAGGUUUUCGAAGGAAAAUAAAGA